CGCCGGACCGUGGACCUGCUGGGGAGGGGGCAGGGAGCGGGACCAGUAGCGGUCGAGAAGGUCCCCGCUGCUAGUCGGAGGGAAGGCGAGGCAGGUCCGCCGCCUCAGGCAAGCGCGUGUAUCGAGAGCCGAGAACGCCUAGUGGGGGCUUGCCUAGAAUUGGGUAGGGGCUGCAUCUCCCGCUCCCCGGAGCUGUUGCUUCUCUCUUGCCUCUCUUUCCACUUAAGGCAGCCGCCCGGAAAGAAGGCUGCUGCUUGGGGACUAUGCGGGGAGUCUGUCGGUGCUGCUGCCCGGAGGCAUUCGCAUUCAGCCUCCAUGCUCUUCAAACUGCCUCUCCGAGAUAGAUUCGUUCUGCUGCUGCUGCCGCCGCUGCCAAGAAUCACCACUGGCUGCUUUGCUCACACAUUCAUCACCCUUCAAGCUGUGGCUGCUAUUGUUGCUCCUCUCCCUCCUCCUGCUCCUCCUCCCUCCACUAUCGCUUUUGGAAGAAGAGAGGUGGUGUGGUUUUGUUUUUUGUUUUUUUAGCCUUUGCGAGGCCGAAACAUCUUUUAAAUGUUUCAAGAUCGGAUCAGCAGAAUGUGAUGUCUGAUAGCUGCGGGCGGUGAAGAAAGCAUGCCGUUUUUCUUCGGCCGUUGCUGCGCUGUUAAGGGAUAGCUUUAUAGCAAGUGCAGAAGAAGGAGCAGUUAAAGGAUACAACAUGAAGGUUAAAAGAGUCCACAUUUGAUGACAUCACCUCGGAGCUGCUUGAGUAUUCCUUUUUCUUUGAUGUUUAUCUCUGUUCAGACUUAGAUGUUCUUACCCUUUUCAUCUUUCAUACAGUAUUUAUUAACUCCAACAUGGAUGCAAGCAAGAAAACAGAUCCUCCAGUGUUAGUGGAAUCAAUACAGCAAAAGGCAAAUCCUGAUCGACACCCUAUCCCAUCCAUUUACGUACCAGAACAAGGAGGUUACAAAGAAAAAUUUGUGAAUGCAGUGGAAGACAAAUACAAAUGUGAAAAAUGUCAUCUCAUCUUGUGCAAUCCAAGACAGACAGAAUGUGGACAUCGCUAUUGUGAGACCUGCAUGAGUGUUUUGUUGAGUUCCACAAGUCCAAAAUGUACAGCAUGUCAAGAAACAAUAUUGAAAGAUAAGAUAUUUAAGGAUAAUUGCUGUCGAAGGGAGCUUCUUGCCCUUCAGAUAUUCUGCAGAAAUGAAAAUAAAGGUUGCCGAGAUCAACUGACCUUAGGACAGUUGCUGACACAUCUAAGAAAUGAGUGUCUCUUUGAAGAACUUCCAUGUCCUCGUACUGAUUGUAAAGAAAAAAUACUGAGAAAAGACUUGCCAGAUCAUGUAGAAAAAAACUGUAACUAUCGGGAAACAACAUGUAAAUACUGUAAAAGCCAAGUACCAAUCAUUAUGAUACAAAAACAUGAAGAUGCAGACUGCCCUUGUGUUAUGGUUACAUGUCCUCAUAAGUGCAGUGUUUCAGCACUCCUCAGAAAAGAGUUGAAUGCACAUUUGUCAGAAUGUAUUAAUGCCCCAAGUACCUGUAGUUUUAAGCGUUAUGGCUGCACUUUUCAGGGAACAAAUCAGCAAGUUAAAGCACAUGAAGCCACCUCAGCAGUGCAGCAUGUAGACUUAUUGAAAGAGUGGAGUAAUUGUCUAGAAAAUAAGGUGGCCAUGCUCCAGAAUGAAAGCUUGGAAAAGAACAAGAGCAUACAAACUUUACAUAAUCAAAUUUGUAGCUUUGAAAUAGAAAUUGAGAGACAGAAGGAAAUGCUGCGGAGUAAUGAAUCUAAAAUACAUCACUUACAGCGGGUAAUAGAUAGUCAAGCCGAGAAGCUGAAAGAACUAGACAAGGAGAUUCGACCUUUCCGACAGAACUGGGAAGAAGCAGACAGCAUGAAGAGCAGCGUUGAGUCCCUCCAGAACAGGGUGACUGAGCUGGAAAGCAUUGAUAAAACUACUGGGCAAGGAGCUAGAAACACAGGUCUUCUAGAAUCACAAUUAUCUAGGCAUGAUCAGAUGCUAAGUGUUCAUGACAUCCGUCUGGCUGACAUGGACCUCCGAUUUCAAGUCCUGGAAACAGCGAGUUACAAUGGAGUAUUAAUCUGGAAAAUUCGAGAUUAUAAACGUCGAAAGCAAGAGGCUGUUAUGGGGAAGACUUUGUCCUUAUACAGCCAACCUUUUUAUACAGGAUACUUUGGCUAUAAGAUGUGUGCCAGGGUUUACCUCAAUGGAGACGGGAUGGGCAAAGGGACGCACUUGUCUUUGUUCUUUGUUAUAAUGCGGGGAGAAUAUGAUGCAUUGCUUCCUUGGCCAUUCAAGCAGAAAGUCACCCUUAUGUUGAUGGAUCAAGGACCUUCUCGGCGCCACUUAGGAGAUGCUUUCAAGCCAGACCCCAACAGCAGUAGUUUCAAGAAACCCACUGGGGAAAUGAAUAUUGCAUCUGGCUGCCCAGUCUUUGUUGCACAAACUGUUCUAGAAAAUGGAACAUAUAUUAAAGAUGAUACUAUUUUUAUUAAAGUCAUAGUGGAUACUUCGGAUCUACCAGACCCCUGACAUAUAGCAGAAAGGCAGAUUCAACAGAAGACAACUCCAUUUGGGGCUCUUUUUUAUAUCUGUCUUCAAUGAGAGGUCCUUAAAGCUCAGAGAGGACCACUUUAUGUUAACAGAGGAAGAGUUUGGAGGUAUAACUUACAUAGGGUCCAAUGGCAAACAUAGCAACCCAUUAAGAAACCAUAACUGUGGUGUAAUUUCUAAACUAAUAGGAACACUUCAAGUUCUGACAAGUUACUUAAUCCUCAUGAAGACAAAGAUUACUGUCAGAAAAGCUUUUUGUAAUUUAUUGACAAUGAUUUGGGGGAGGAAAAAAAACAAAGUAUCCUCUGCUGAAUACAACAUCAGACUUUUCUUUCAUUUUAACUAGAAAAUAAAAGUUCACAUGUGGGUUAGCUAGAAACUGUCAGCAUGUUAAAUAAAAAAAGAAGAAAUUAUGAAGUAUUGUUGCAGUUAAAGAUAUUACUUUGAACAUCUAAGUGCAAUGUUGUCUGAAAUACAGUAUAUUGUCUAUUUUUAAGGCCUCAUCUGGUCUCUGUUUUAAAUAAUUACUUUGUCAGAAGACCUUGACAAAAAUGUCUAGAUCUUCUUGAAAGUGUCUAAAUCAGAGUCAUAUUUUUGUUUAGAGUUCUAUUAAUUGCUACAGAAAACAUUUUAUUUUAAAACUGUUGAUAGACUGAUAUUUCUUGGAAGAAAAAAAAAGAUCAAAUGCAGGUUAUCACUUGUGAUAUGAAAAGAGACUAUUCAAUACUGCUGUUAUUUCUCUUUAGAAAUGUAAACCUACAAUAUAUGUCGUAGUUAAUGACACUAUUUCAAAAUUAAGAAAAAAAAAUCACUCAUGGAUGCUGUGCAUCAUUAUCAGAUUUAUAAUUUUCACCCUAAAAUAGGGCAUUUGUUGAACUUUGGAGUUCUAAACGGAAUCCUGUAUGUUUUUAAAGUUCUGCCUCAUGCGCUCAGACCAAGCUCUAUAAAAUAGAUUUGUGUAUAUAAACAUAUUAUAUUCUAUUUUUUGCUAAAGCAUAAAUGUGCAACAUAUUUUUGGGUUUGAGAGGAGGCGUAGUGCUGAGUAAUACCUAUAUGGGAAACUGCUAAUUAAUCCUCUAGAUAGAAAUUGCUUUAUCUUAUAGAGGGUCUCCGUUAGGAGAAAGCAGUGUCUUAAUGGAGAUAUGGUGGUGUGCAUGCAUUCAUGUGCCUUAGCUGUGAUGUGCUGCUUUAUAGCUCAUAGUUUUGUAUUCAGAUUUUAAUUUCAGAUCAUUAGAAUACUCGUUUUAACUGGACUUCAGGCAUAAUGUGCUGACUGAUCUGUAAAACCCACCAAUAUUUUGCAGCUUGCAGAAAUGGAAGCCCAGAUGUAUGUUUCUGGCUUGCCAGUGUCUCCAUCAAUUCAGUAACAUGGAAUACUACUUAUUCAGGUGCUAUAUUUUUGCUCACAAUGCUCCUAUGGAGCUAGGAUUUCUGACAGUGCCCCUUCCCUUCAGUUUCCAAAGCAGUAGUGAAACUGCUGCAUGAUAAGAUGCCUAGAAGUAGCAGAGCUAAUCAUUUCAAUUUGGCUCAAUUCAGAAUGGUGAGAGAAUAGAUUCGCUAGCCAACUUACAGUGAUGGUUUUCUGGCAAACUGACACCUACCCCUGCAGGGAAACCCACAGGAGCCUCCUAUUUAAACAACUACCUGAGCUUUACUAGAAAGCAUUCUCCAGCCUUUAAAUCAUGCUGAUUGCAACCCACAGAAUUUACUGACUUCUGUUUUAAUAGUCCUUUGUGAGACUGGUAAGUCUAAUGGCAUAGCUUGAGCGUACACCAACCAUGUGGGUGCUGCUUAAUUGCAUGGGUGCUGUGUAACUUGAGUGCUCCCCUAGACUGAACUGAUGUGCACAUGGAAAAGGAAUUGUGUAGCCUGUUGUCUAGCCAGUGAUGUUACAUCCAUUGAGCUUUCCAAUUAAGUUGGGCAUUAUAGGCAGAGUUCAUGUCUAGGACUCAGUUGAAUUGUCAUGUUUCAUAGUUGAGUUUCUUGCCCUUGCCAUUGUUCUUUAUGGCUGUGCCUUCCCACGCAGUGCCUGCCAGAGGUAUUUUUCUGUUAAUAAAUAUACAGUGCAUGCUGAGUGGUCCUCAUGGGUUUUUUCAGCCACCUGCUUGAACACUGCCUGCUAUUUGGCAGCCAGAGCAUUUUGUAGCAAUAUGUCUUCCUGUUCUUGCCUUCUGUUAUUCAGGUACUGUAUUCUGUCUUUCUUAUGGUUCUUAGGUGUCAACUGGUACAAAUCAAUGUAAGAAGGCAAGUGUUACCAUUCUAGUUCUGAUACAAAAGGAAGACUUCCUACUCAAGAUCUAUAUGCCAUGGUUUUAUGCAGGCUGUUGCAAACCCAUCACCUUCUCUUAGAGGAAAGAAUUAAUUGGGCUUUUGACGCUAUUCUAAUAGUCAUGAGUAUAGGCAGCUGAGCUUUUGUAUAUGCAUUACAGAAUUUUACUGAAAACAGGAUUCCCUAGUGGAAAUGUCCAAAGGGCUCACUACUCAUAGCUUCUGCAUCAUGCAGUUAAUGUCCUGUUGGAAUGUUGUGUUAUGUAAUCUAGACUGUUCUAAUCUGGCAGUGUUCUUUCAAAAACAGCCCUUACUCCAAAAACACUUGAAAAUGCAAAUAGAGUAAAAAAUCAAUUCUAAUUCUUUUUCUUAAGUCUACAAAUCGCCAAUAAAGACUGGCUUAUAUAUUCCAAUUAUCUGACGUGCUAACAGUUUGAAAGGUUUUUUGUUUUUUCAUACACAUUUAAAACACAAAUUGCUUAAGUUGUCUUACUGGGCUAUAAAAUUAGGACUUGUGCACUUUAUUAAAACUUCCUUGUUACUAAAUAAGGCCAGAUAUCAGCAUAUUUAUGGCACCUGUUAUGGCUCCAUUGCUGUAGUUAUUUUUCCCACCAUUAUGUGAAGGUUUUUCUUAUUGCCACACUCCUGUAGAUCAAUGCAAGUGCUGCAAUUUCUGCUGCAGAGUCUCAUGGCUGGUAAAAAUAACCUGUCUCCCCAAAGCACAAAAGAAUAAGCUCAUGGUUCUUUUUUAAACCAGCACCCAGAAGGGAGGGGCAGUAGAGAUGAGGAUGUUCCCAUUCAAAAGAAAACAUACCAUUCAAAAGAUUAACUUGGGGUUUUCUUCUCAAUAUAAUUUGGUGCUGGCUUUUAGAAACAAAUGGUUUCUUCUUCAAAAUGAUCCAACUUUAACUCUGUGAACAUAUUCUUUGUCAUCCACAUUGGUUCACUAAUGCUUUUGAUAUAGGCACAGCAAGCUAGCUAGCCACUGACAAAAUUGUAUUUAGUUCAGGCUACCUUAUGUGAUCAGAAGUAAGUUUUGUAGGAUGGAUAGCAAGUUACAUGUUCUUGAUAAUAAUACAUUCUUUGAUAAAGAUGCUUAGCCAAAAGGACUGAAAGAACGCUGGUGGGCUCAUAUAUAUCUCCAUUACCCUUCACAGGAUGCUUGUUUGGGCCAUCAUGAAUAGUCCCAGUUUGUGGAAGAAACUAUAUCCUGAAAUGUAGAUAAACUGAAUGUGAAUAGGAUUCUAAAUCUGAAUAGGAUUAGAAUUUGCAUUUAUAUGAUUUACUUUAUUUUGCCUUCCUUAAGGUUCUAAAAUUAUUUGUCAGCCCAGUUCACGUAGAGGACAUAUAAUCUAAAUUAAAAUAAAACAUAACAAAUAUUGCCAUAUUACCAGCUUGACUCUGAUUGCCAAAAGCUACCCCAUUUUAUAAAGUCUUAAAAUAUUUUCAAAGGAUGGUCAGUUUUUAAUUUUAUAAGUUUUUAUGGAAAGUGGUUCUAUAGUUGGGAAGGAGGAAAGUCCAGUCAUCACUCCAAAUAAUAACUCUUCAUGAUUGAUUUGGUCAUUUAUGCUUAUGCCUUAAGAAUGUAUCUUUGCUUGACCCUGAUUUAUGUUGAGAUGGGGGAGAGGGGGAGAUGCCUGUAAAACCAGCCAUGUUAGUAUGUCUUCUGGAGAGACUGAGAGGAAAGUUUUUUUCAAAGUCCAAAGCUAUUGCUCUUUUUUUAAAAAAAAAAUUGUGAAUAUGUUAUUUUUAUAUCUUUGGGAUUUCUUUCCUAAAGGCUAUUAAUUGAUACAACCCUUCAAUGCUCCUGCUCCAAAGUUGCACUUGAUAUUAUUUAAGCUUCUUGCAUAUUUUAUUUUAAUGGAAGUGCAUAGAAUUCAGUGUUAAGUAAGUUUCUGGUUAUUGGUCUUUAAGGACUUCUUCACUAAGCACAGUAUCAAUGCUGCUACUUUUGAUUACUCCACAUUAGACCUCCAAGCAGCUUUGCUCCCUUAUAUUUUAACAAAGCACUUUAGUCUGCCAUAUCAUACUGUAUCAUGCUUGCCUUUCUUUUUUUAAUCCCACAGAAUCCAACCCCGAUUAUAUCAGUGCCUAAAGAUCAAUAUGUAAUCCUUCUGCAUUAUUUAUUUGCAUUAUUUUACUGUUUAUUUUGUUUCAGCUACUAUUUACAGCAGAAUUCUUAAGUAAAAAUUGGGUGGAUUAUAUGCAGCAUUCAUUUUCAGCCUUAUAUUGUAACUUUCACUGCUUUUGAGAAUGUAGAAUAGAAAAAAGUUGUGGUAUUACAGAUAAUGGAAUGUAACAGACCUCUUAACCUGUAAAGGUGAGAUGCACUCAAUUCCCUUUCAAAGCUAGCUUCCUUAUACCCUGAGAAAAAGCAUAAGGAAUAUUUGAGUAUAUGGAACAUUGACGUUAUAGCUGGCCAAUCUUUUUGAAUUCCAGAAUUUUGGUUUAAUCAUACAGCCUGUCAAUUGCUGAGAUUAUAUUAUUUUAAAAUAUGACCAUUUGCCCUGGGAAACUUUAAAAGAGGAAACACUUAUAUUGCUUUCCCAGCCUUGUAGAGUAUUGAUUGUAUGGUACACACCAUGGCUGCUAGACAGUGGUUACUAUGGGAGAUAUUUUCUGCACCUUGAUGAUUUAACAAAAAUUCCAAUAUCUCCUGUCAUUUUGAUGCCUUCAUACAUGCGAACUAUGCAAAUGUAUAAAUAAGUGGGUAGAUUUAAAACAACAGUUUAAUUUCAGCUAUGGGCUUAAUAAUUUAAGUGACAUGUGUCUGAACUUUUCUCAGCUGCUAUCCUCAAAUUGUCCUUUAAAAUUGCUUAGCAGGUGAGGGAUGGUAGCAGAGCCUACGCUUUGUAUUCAAAAGAUUCCCCCCCCCCCAUUCAGCCCUUGGCAUUGUCAGUCUAAAAUUAUUAGACAGCAGAUGCUGCUGCCCAGUCCUUGGAAAAUACAGCCAGCCAGAGUAGCCAAUAUGGGGUAGAUAAGACAAUUAAGGUGAUGCAUAUAAAGCAACUUCCUAUUUUCCUAGUACAAAAAUGAGGAGGCUUAUGUCACAGAGAGCAUGUCCUCUUGAAAAGUUUUUGUGCCAAAGUGCAAGGAUAUUUUGGGGUUAGUCUGCAGCAAUCACUCACAAAAGAAACAUUCCCAAAAGAGAGGCAGCCUGCAACCUAAUGUAUCAUAGCCUUAGACUGCGACAAAACCAUGCAUUUUCAUUUUUUUCAAGGAAUAAUUAGAAGUUUUAAAAUCAUAUUCCAGUCAUUAAACUAGUCUUUAUCUGACCAGACAGUUUUCCAUUUCCUACCUGCUUGUGGUGAAAGUGAGGGCUUAGGGAUGCUACCAAGCUAUCAUUCAACUGUGAAUGCUCAGGAUAUGUAAACUCAACUUUGCCUAAUAUAAAGAAGUAGCUAAUUGCUGCUUUGAAACACACUUGUGUUGGAUGGACUGCCAUAAAGGCUAAUGUGCUCUUUUUCAGACCAAAAGUGAGGGUAAAAAUGGGUAGAGCAAAAUAGGAACUACUGUACAAACAAAUGAAUUGACAGCAUGGAAAUAUCUGCCAGCUUUCUCAGUUAAUUGUGUCUAAUAAUUUUUUCCUGUUAUCAGUCAAAAAUAAUUGUUAAAACCAAUGAAUAUGGGGUUUCGGUCAACUCAAAAUAGUAACAUGGUGCUUGGUACAUUUUUCAUCUGUGCAGUGUGUUACUGAUGCCAAUCAAGCCUCAAAAUUGCUUAUUUGUGUAGAAACUGAAAUUGAAUGUUCUAUGGAGGGAAAGUCUGUGUAGGUGCUAUAUAGAAUACCCAGGCUGUUACCUCCUUGUGCUACCUUUAGGCCACUGAACAAUGUUAUUUAUUGCUGCCCCAUAGAAAUGGGCAAGGAAACUGCUUUUAUCCUGUAUAACUGACUGAUCAGCCAUCAUGCUUUGGGAACAUAUUUAUCCAAUGUACAUGUUCUGAUGUCCCUUUAUUUUUGCAAUUGAUGAGAUUGAGAAAUUCAAUAUGUAUAUUCCAGUGUGUGCCCAACAGUAAUGAUAACCUGUGUCUUGAUUUCAUAAAAUCUUCUGGUAGAGGUUUUUUUUUUUUUUUUUAAUGUUUUCAGUUUUAAGGGCUUUAUUGGACAAGAUGAACUAAAAAUAUUUUUAAGUGCAUGACUUAAUUCUGUUCUGUCAACUUCUGCACUGUGAAUAUUUUAAUUAAGUAUUUUAAACAAAAAUACAUUGAGGGCUUAACUAUUACUUCCUGCUUGUUAAUAUAAGGAUCACUUCCAGCAUAAAUUUCUUGCAUCCAUUCAUGGCUCCUAAAGAAUAUGAAAAUGAGAUUCAUGUGAAUGAAUUGCUGAAUUUGGUCUGCUCCUAAGAAAAAGAAAGAAAUAGCUCAUUUUAAUAAUUUUCUCCAUAUAGGGUAGGGCUGUGCAAAUUUUAAAGUAGGUCCUUUUUUUCAACAGACUUGAGCGAAGCACCCCCUUCAAGCUGCUUCAUGAAAAGAUGGACCUUUUCUAAGAACAAACUGAAUCAACCACAUUACUUCACAUUUCCUCCCUUGUGAGACCUCUUAUGAUUAUUGCAAGUGCCAGUUAAGGCUGAGAAACAACACAAAUUGCCUUGUUGUAUAUUGUGUGGCCUCUUCCCCUCAAUGAAGGGAAUUGUAUCAUCUCCUCAUUUGAGGUCCUUCAUCAAGGUGAAUCUCAGUCACCGCACAUAGGCAUCAUAUACAGUCAGGAUAAUCAUUUAUUAAGAGUGAAUGUAAAAUAUUAUGCUGAAAUUGAUCCCUAAUUUUAUUGAGACUAAUCCAAGAUGGAAGAAAGUUGGAGCAUGCAAAUGGCUGCAGGAUAGGGUUAUCCUGUAUGGUUUUGAAGUAGCAUUAGGCCACAAAAAGGAUGGUUUAAUCCUUAAUUAUCUUCUAGCAAAUUGGCAAGACCAUGUAGCUUUUCGUCUUCCAUUUCAUGAUAGUUUUAAGCCUGAUGCUAAACAUAUGCUUGUGGUUCUGGUGUGAUGCUAAGCUUGUAGUGCUGAAAGAGCUAUGGGUAUACCCCAUUCCAAACACCAGUGUGUCAGGUGCAUUAAAGUUUAGGAUCAGGCAGUGCAUAUCUGUAAUAGAUAGUUUUUCAAUAAGUAAUUCCUUAUUGGAAACAUGCAAGCACUCCAGAUUUUAUAAGCAUUAAAUUAGAAUCCCAGGUCUAGAAUCCCAUAGCGUAUUUGAAAUUACACCUGGAUCUCUUUCUCCUACCCUUGCCGUAUUUAUCAGAUGCAUCCACCCAUUAAGGGAUGGAAAUACUGCUUCUUUCCUUAUAACUGCUGCUGCCACUUGUAGAAGGACUGUAAUUUCUUACUAAAGGGAAUUCUGAUUGUGAACUGCUUGGUAAACUGGGGUUUUGAAAUAAACCACUAUUUUUAAGUAUCUCAUUCCAUGCUGAGAGUAUUCUGGACUUUAAGCAGAGCUAUUGCAUGUGAACACAAUAUUUUCCAACCCUGACCUCUUCUCUUGGCAGAGAGUUGAUCUUUGUGCACUUGGAAAAUGGGGGAAAUCAUUCAAUUGCCAAGGCACUGAAUCACCUUGUAUAGUAUUAUUUUCCCUCUAGCUCUCUAAAAUGUAUAUCUUCUACAAUUUGUAUAACUAUAAGAAAAUAGUUUUUUCACUGUGAUCCAAAACCUCCAGUGGUUAGGAAUAAAUGAGGGUGUAAUGGACACCCUAUUUUGAAAUGCUGGACUAUGAAUCUAUUAUUUAUGACAAGUAGGAUAACCUUUUAACAUCCAUAAAAUGCCAUUAAUUCAAUGUGCUGGAAAAAAUGGUCAUCCUUUUCCAAGAAGAAAUAUCUGUUAAAUGCAUCAGUACUAUGAACUAUGUACAAAAUCAGUCUGUAUAAACUUGUGUGGUGUUUUAUUUCAUAUUCUAUUAUUUGGUAAAAGGUACAUUGGUUGUGUUCAGUUUUCUGAUCCAGAAACAAAGACCAAAGAAGGCCAACCUCAUUUGAUUGUGUAUAUUCUGCCUGUUUUAAUUAUAGAUAGCUAUAAAGGAUACAGUGCAAGUAAGUGAAUCUGGUAAUCAAUGAUUUUUGUAUGUUCUUUUUAAAGGAAAGAAAACUUUGACGUGUAUAAUUUAUUGCUCAGCAAUACAAUGUUGUUAAUAACUAUUAGCAACAUACCCUAAUUUCCCAAUAGCAUUAUUCUAUGUUGUCCUUCAGUUUGUUGUAUUGUUAUUUGGUAUUUAUUUGUAUUUGAAGGUCUUGCUCUGUCUUGUGUUUUGAUGCUAAUAAUUGAGAACAGCGUGUAGAAUGCAAAACUUUGAAAUGCUGAACUGUAUUAAAGGAAAAAAAAAAUAAACCUAAGUAGGAAGUCAUAUUUUUUA